AUGUCUAUGUAUGUGUAUAGCCGUCUUCCUCUUCCUCCAAGGCCUAAAGCCGCGUCUAUAACAGAGCCACCGGUGACGACAGGUUCAUUACAGACUUUGCAAGAUGUAAGUCCUACGAAACCGAUACGACGUAAGGACGGUACGCCAGGAGCGCCUUUGUCGUUGUUAGGUGUGCGAGGAUUACGAGAUGAGCCUUUGCAUCGAUCGGCGCACUGCAUCCCUCAUCCUGCACAACAUAAGCAACUAAUAAACCCUACGCUUCAGGAAUUAUCCGGUAGCGUGAGUGCAGGUGGAUCGGAGCCCGACUUAAACGCGGUACCCUCUGCAGCGCCAUCUAUUGAUGCGAGCGCUACAUCUAGUGAGGAUGACAAACCUAAGGAUAAAGGCAGUCGGUCCCGAGCGAAGGCGGCGCUGGUGAAGCGCGUGCGGUCGGUGGCGGUGUUCUCGCUCGGCCUGCGCCGCGCGCGCGAGGCCGCGGCCUCCACCGGCGACAAGCACGACCGCACCCCGCACACGCCCGACAGGGGCGCCAUGAGUCUACCUGCGCCGAUGCUCGGCGGCGAGCUCUCCCUCAUACCUAUAGAACAGCUUAUACAAGUGGAAGACGUCAAGCCGCGUCCUUCAUAG